CACUGGGAGGUUUCUAAGGUGACCCCGACAGUCAACAAACAUGGCUAGUACAGCAGGGAGCUCCCACCAACAUGAGCGAUCCUGCUCCCACAUCCCAACAUUCUCAGGACGUCAUCCCAUGAUCCCCAAACUUUAUGUGAUGCCAUGGAAACAGGACAUGAAGAACCAGAGGCUCCUGAUGAAGAACGCAGCUCUAGCUGGGAUCCCUGUGGUUCCUCUUGAGGAGUCUUUGUGUUUUUGUGGCCGAGAGCGUCUCUGCCACAGUGAGAACUCCACCCACCACUCCACCUCUUCAUCCUCCUCCCCGUCCCCCUCUUCGUCUGCCCUUCUCAGCCAGACUGGACUAAUAGCUCAUCACUCUUCCCACUUCUCCAGGUACAACAGCUCUGUGGUGACAACCAGACAACUCUACCAAGCCUGAAGACACAUCACACAAAUACUGAUAAACCUGAGUGGCUAUUGUUUUCAUCACAUCUGUGCAUUUAAUAUUGUUUAAGCAGAUAUGUGAUCCUUUAAUUAGCUUGCAAAAGAUUAAUUUGUCCUAUUUUGAAUAAAUAACAUUAUAUUGAAGGUGUGGCUCUAUUUAAAGAAUACAGCAGAAAAUGUAUAUGCAUAACUAUGUUUUCAUUAGUACGUAAUCACUGGAAAAAUGUUUCUACAGUAGCCCAAAAAGGACAAACCAAACACUAGACUAAUUUAAUCGAGCUAUUUUAGUUUUUCAGUUUCAUGCUUUCUUUUCAUGUCACCACUAGAUGUCAAUAAUUUAUAAAAAAAAUCCAAACCUGAAAGCUUCAGAAUACAGAUGAUGGAAAACUUGUACGAGAUAAAUGUGCACAAAUGUAUAGAAAAGUGGUAUGCAAUAUAUGCAAUGAAAUGAAUGCUGCAAAAGUA